CUGAGAGAAGCAAACAGGAAUACAAAUGUGGGUACAAUUCGAUUCCGAGAACACCCAUUACGUCAUGGAUAAUUACAACAGAAACCAAUCAAGAGCCUUAACUUUGACCCGGGAGCAGGAGUAUGAUAUCAUGGUGUCCACCCUGUUGCACGUAAUCAACGGAGGCCAAUCUGGCACGUCAAACAAUGGGUUUUGUUUCAACAGCCUUUUCCCGCCAAUCCAACCAGCCAGGGUGCCACUGCCAACGACAACAAACAGGAAGCGUUACAGGGGAGUACGGCAAAGGCCAUGGGGGAAAUGGGCUGCGGAGAUCCGAGACCCGAAUCGGGCGGCUCGGGUUUGGCUAGGGACGUUUGACACGGCGGAAGCUGCCGCCAGGGCUUAUGACAGGGCCGCUAUUAGAUUCCGAGGAGAUAAAGCCAAGAUCAAUUUCCCAUUAUCGGAUUACGAAAUGCGAGGGGAAGAAGAGAAGCAGAGUGGAGAAGAAGGAGAGAGUAGUAAUGACAAUGAAAAUGGAUGGAAAAUAUUUUCAGAGGAAGAGUUUAGAGAGCUAAUGAUGGUGGAUUCAUAAUGUGAAUCCAAAGCUAGCUGCUUGCUGGAUUUAAGUAAUUACCAUAUACCAAUGUUUGUUUGCCGUUUCCUUUCUCAUCUUGUAUUAGAGAGAUUAUUUUCAAGAGAUGCUGCUACGUUUUAAGCUCUUUUAUUUUUUCCUUACUAAGUAGUGCAAUAGUUAAAGGUUCAAAACAUAUUCCUAUUUGUUUGCUAACUCAUUAAAGAACACAACACAUGUUCUAGAUUACUUCGAAUAAAAUGUACUGUUUCUUGAACAA